GUAAGAGAAACCCAACUGCUCCAAAGCAUGUAUCCACCCGGCUGCGCCAAGGUGAAGUGUUCCUGGCACCACUGUCUUCCUGGGCUGCUGCUGCAGCUGCUCUUGGCUCUGUGCUUCUUCUCUUAUCUGCGUGUGUCUCAAGAUAAGCCCAAGCCCACGUGGGUCUCUGAACUGGGGGCCCCUUCCCAGGCCACUGAGGGGUCCCCCUCCCGCCUGCCCCUGCGUGUCCUGCUGUGGACGUGGCCGUUCAAUCAGCCAGUGGCUCUGUCCCGCUGCUCGGAGCUGUGGCCUGGCACAGCUGACUGCCAGCUGACCGUCAACCGCAGCGAGUACCCUCAGGCGGAUGCGGUCCUCGUGCACCACCGGGAGGUCAGCAGCCGGCCCCAGAUGCAGCUCCCGCCUUCCCCGCGGCCCCCUGGCCAGCGCUGGGUUUGGUUCAGCAUGGAAUCACCCAGCAACUGCUUGAAACUGAAGGACCUAGAUGGCUACUUCAACCUCACCAUGUCCUACCGCCGGGACUCAGAUAUCUUCAUGCCCUACGGCUGGCUCGAGCCGUGGUCCGGCCAGCCGGUGGAGACACUGCUCAACAUCUCGGCCAAGACCAAGCUGGUGGCCUGGGUGGUGUCCAACUGGAGGAAAGACUCUACCAGGGUGCAGUACUACGAGCUGCUGAAGCCACACCUCCAAGUGGAUGUGUACGGACGCUCCCACACGCCACUGCCCUACAAGCUCAUGGCCAAGCAGCUGUCCCAGUACAAGUUCUACCUGGCUUUUGAGAACUCCCUGCACCCCGACUACAUCACAGAGAAGCUGUGGAAGAAUGCCCUGCAGGCAUGGGCUGUGCCAGUGGUCCUGGGCCCCAGCCGGGUCAACUAUGAACAGUUCCUGCCACCCAAAGCCUUCAUCCACGUCGAAGACUUCCGGAGCCCCAAGGACCUGGCCCAGUACUUGCUAGCACUGGACAAGGACCACACCAGCUACCUGAACUACUUCCGGUGGCGGGAGACACUGCGGCCUCGGUCCUUCUCCUGGGCCCUGAUGUUCUGUAAGGCCUGCUGGAAGCUGCAGCAGGAGCCCAGGUACCAGACGGUGCCCAGUAUUGCGUCUUGGUUCCAGUGAGCUGGCCAGCCUGGCGCCUGCACUGCUGAGGAUCUGGGGACCUGGGUGGCUGGAGCUCUCCCUUACCUGGGGCUUCACCUACUGGGCACCUCUGCUGCCAGGGGUCUUUCCUCCCUGGGAGCUCGCUUGCUAGGAAAUUUACCUGGUGGGGGCAGGGGUGAGUUGCCAGGGGCUAUGGCUGCCCCUGGGGAACUGGCCUUGGCAUCUUGCCCGCUGGUGAUGGCUCUGGUGGACUGGUUUGUGAUUACUGCUGCUGUUGAUGAACCGCCUCUGGGGUAUUAAGGCUGGCAAUACUGACGCCGUUUUCCAGAUGGGAAUGCUCUGAGGAAAA